AUGACGUCAGCGUCGAUAAACUUCCGCUCACUUCGCGCGCGCUUUCUUGUGUUGAAGCAAUUAAGUUUUGUGUUGUUGCUGUUUGUUAUCGUGUUGAAUCGAGUUUAUUCUUUCUGCGACACUUUAACAAUGCCGAAAUGUGCCGUGGCUGUGUGUGAAAAUUAUAAUCAGAAGACUAAAGGGAGUAGUAUUUCCUAUCACAAGUUUCCGAAAGAUCCUGAAACAUGUGCUCGGUGGGUUCAGCUCUGUAGAAGUGAUAGUAUCAACAUUAAAAAUGCUACUAUCUGUAGCGUACAUUUUAAAGAAGACGAUUAUUUACGGGAUCCCCAAGCUGAAUUAAUGAAACUUCCGCCAAAGAAGAUCUUAAAGCGGACUGCAGUUCCUUCAUUGCACCUCAUUAAAGCCACAUCUGCAGCUGCUGCUGCUGCUUCGUCUUCUGUCCAAGAAAGAAAUGACAGAAGGAAAGAUCGUGAAACACGUAAACGUGCACUUAACAGACUAGCUUCACUGUCACCGAAGAAAAAAAAGUGGAUCAAAGCACAGAAACUGAAAAAGGCUGCAUCGAGGAUGAAAUGA